AUGACAAACCAAUCAGAUGCACCAAUAGAAUGGUCUAAAGCUUAUGCUGACCCAGAAAAAGAUGAAGGUCUUGAGAUGGAAUCACCGGCAGAAGCGACAUUCCAUUUAGAUCCUCCUAUGGAUGAAAAGAACUGUACCACUAGCGAGUUAAACAACAACAACAACAACAACAAUAAUAAUAAUAAUAAUAAUAAUAAUAAUAAUAAUAAUAAUAAUAAUAAUAAUACCGAAUUAUCCAACGAAUCCCAAGCGGGCUCUCGGUCCUCACAGCCAGAAACUAUACCUAAAGCGGGUGAUGAUGAUGGAGAUAAUGAUAAGCAUCAAACUUUUAAGCAGAUUGCACAAUCAUCAACUUUCCUAACUGCAGUGAAGCUAUUGGCGAUAUCGUAUGUGCGGAUCAUAGUGGUUUAUCUUGGAGUGCUUUCAAUCUAUUGGGGAACAAACUAUCGUCGUGAAUACAGAUUCAAAAACAUGAACUAUCUCUUGGUUAGUGAGGAUAUCCCUGUUACACUUUCACCCACAUCGACGAUACUUCCAGCCUAUAUAAACGAUGCCAUCACCAACAUGACGUUAUGGGAUCCUAACGUGACUCAAUUGGGUAAGUUUGAGCUUGCUUCUUUACCAUAUUUUAAGGCUGUGGCUAAAAUGGCCAAUAGAACCACCAGAGAACAAGCUAUACACGAAGUGUAUCUGGGGAAGUACUGGGGUUUGCUUUAUAUCAGUGAAAAUGCCACGUUCCAAUUGUACGAUGCGUUAAUUCAUCAGAACGUCUCAUUUCUUGCAGAGGUUGGACUGUUAAUAGACUUUGUCUAUUCUUCUGGAAGACACUUUUCAGCUUUAAAUCAAUAUGUCGUAAGGAACAUUCAUACGAUAGACAAUUUGUGGCUUCAGGAUUAUUCUAGUCCUCAAGUUUAUGAACCCUUGGUACGAGAUCAAUUAAACUCUACAACAAAGUCUGAUUUGCUUGCUAAUAACAAUACCAUGGCAUUGCUUUUGGCCAAACCAGCCAUUAACUUUACGGAUAUUUCUCCUCCUCAAACUCCUGCAGUUCUUGGUCCAGCAGAAUUGGGCCUUGUUUAUGCAUUCCUCUUUUCAUUCUACCAAUUUUCAUUUACUACUAAAAUGCAUCAAAUCUUUCUUGCUAAACUCAAAUGGAGUAAUUUUGUCAUCUAUCGUCUUGGGGCCACGGCGUCCAAUUGCUUUGUUCUUUCUUUAGUAUACCUGUUGAUAUCAAUCGCUUUCCAAGUCAAUUACCAAUAUGCCUUUGGCAGAGCAGGUUUUAUGGUUCUUUGGUGUGUGAUGUUCAUAUACAUGUGGGCCUGUGCUUUGCAAAGUGAAAUUGUUGUUUCCGUUAUUUAUAUGAGUGGAAAGUUGUGGAUGGCUCCCAUAUAUGUUAUCUUAGCCAUCUGUUGGAAUAUUAGUCCAACGUUUAAUCCAUUUGUUCUUUUGCCUGGGUUUUAUAGGUACGGAUAUGGUUUGCUGUUAAUGUAUAAUGCAUGCGAAUUGUUGAAGAUAGUCUUCUUCAAUACGGAGAGACUGAGUAUGGGCCGGAACUUUGGUGUUUUGCUAGGCUAUAUCGGAUUGCUUCUGAUCAUUCUCAUUUCCCUUACUUAUUAUGUGAAGGAACAGAUGAAGAAGAAGAAAUAA